CCAUGAUAUAUCUGGCUAAGACUAUGGCGAUCAACGUUCGCACAUUCGGAGAAGACCUAUAAAUCCACGAGUUAGACAUCGAUCAAACAAGACACGAAUGACAAUUUCGUAGAAUGAGUUGUUCCUCAGAGAUCUUGGUGAUGAGAGAAAUUUCAUUGCCAAGAGGCAUCAACUACUAUCUAGGCGUGAUAAAGUUUUUUAAUCACUGGAGGGGGUGCAGCAGAAAGAGAUGCGCUGGCAACGUACCGAAGGAGCGAAGUUGAUAGACAGAUGAGGGGCGCGGAGUAGAGAAAUGAUAAACCUGUCAAGUCUUGACAUGUCAGCAACAUAACUCAAUGUAGGUAUAUGGUGUCAAGAUAACAUGAGAGAAGGACAUCAGAAUAUAGCGACUUGUGCGUUUCGGACGACUUCGACAACCCGACAUUUCGACAACAAAUUAUCACCACCGUCCUCCCGGAGUCUGUCGACCGAAGCCUUCGCCAUGGCCGAUAUCGAUGUUCAGGUUGCUCAAUGGAAGCUGGUUGAGGUUGGCCGCGUUGUGCUGAUCCGCCGCGGUCCCUUCACCGGCAAGCUCGCUGCCAUUGUUGAGAUUGUCGACCACAAGCGUGUUCUGGUUGACGGUCCCUCCACCGAGGAGCAGAAGAUCGUUCCCCGCCACGUCCUUCCUCUCUCUCACGCCACCCUCACCCACUUCGUCAUCCCCCAGCUGCCCCGCGCCGCCGGCACUGGCCCCGUGCGCAAGCUCUGGCAGAAGAACGAAAUCGACGGCAAGUGGGCUAAGAGCAACUUUGCUCAGAAGACCCUGAGCAUCGAGCGGAGGAAGAACCUGACCGACUUCGAGCGCUUCAAGGUCCUCAGACUUCGCAAGCAGGCUCGCUACGAGGUCCAGAAGGCUCACGCUAAGCUCAGGGCGGCUGCUCCUAAGUCAUAGACGGUUUAUGAGGCUCGGUGCAUAGUGUGACAGGGUGCCUUUGGGACGGGUUUAUUUGCUGAGGGUUUAAUUUAUUUCAGCAAAAUGGGCUGUACGCAUUAUUGACAGCAUAAAAAUGAUUCAAGAACCUUUGAUAUCCUGGCACAUGGGUUAUCCUCGUACGUCAUGAAAUGUGAAGGACGGCACGGCACGCCUUUCAAUUAGUAUAUGGCAAAUGGUAUCUCUGGGUAUUAAUGAUCUUGACAUGAAUGGGUCACCACAUAGACAAAUCCAAUCCACAAACAC